AUGUCGCCAUCCCCUCAGGAGCUAGCUUCAAGGCUGAAUCAAUCUGGUAAACAACGACAGAAGCGAUGGGUCACUAGGACUAGAACAGGGUGCAUCACUUGCAGAAUCCGGCAUAUUAAAUGCGACGAAACCAAGCCGAGUUGCCAGAGAUGCACAUCCACUGGUCGGAAAUGCGAUGGGUAUCAAGACCCCCGCGCUAAACAGAUUACCCGCCGCAAAAGCAAGAGGGCCCAACCAGAUGGUCUGCUGCAGAUGCCCUCUGCGUGGAGCUUUAUUGGUGGUAAGCCAAUGAAUCAUGAACAUUUUCACUACUUUGUAGUUGUUACUGCUCCCACCUUGACUGGCUACUUCAACUCGGGAUUUUGGUCCUACACGUUGCCCCAGGUUUCAUACUCCUAUCCGGCUCUCUGGCAUGCUAUUACCGCGCUGGCUUCUUUGCAUAGAGACUUCUUGGAAGAUGUGGCGCCACUUGCUAUUACACAGGAUUGUAGUACGGUCAGGGGGUUUCACUCUCAGGCCAUGGCACAUGUGGCCAGUGCUAUGGUCCUAUGUCAGCAGUGGAAUAGAGAGUUCCAGACCCAUUCCCAUGCAUCUGAGACUAUAGCUUCCGUCAUACUUCUUCUAGCCCAACUUGACAGCCAGGUCCGCCAUAUCUUUGCAAUUCAAGGGUUAACUGUCCCAUGGACUACUGAGUUUAAGUUACCUGCCACUGAAGGGUGUUUUACGUCCCUUGAUGAAGCACACGUCUCUCUGGAGGUCAAUGUCAACAACCGCGCAUUGAAGCUUUUAACAAGCGGCAUUGAUAUCUCUGCACCUGAAGCGCUUGCCAAGAAGGAAUAUUGUCUUCAUGAACUUUAUCGUUGGAACUCGAAAGUGGAAACAUAUAUCUCCGUUUCACAGCAUGAAACGGACAACACAGCCGUGAAUGCUCUCUACCUGCGCCGCUUGUACGCCAAAGUAAUGCUGUCCUUGGACCCAUCCAAAGGCGAGCUAGCACAUGACGACUUUAUCGAUGACUACGCGCAGAUGCUUGACCUGGCAAGCAGAAUCCUCGAGAGCCUGAACAGCCCUGUCACGGAGGAAUUCGAUCCCGGUUCGAGAAACGCGAAACAACGGCACUUCAGUGUAGAAAGUACAGUGACAGAGACCCUGUUUCUGAUCGGGGUGCGUUGCCGUGAACCGACGAUACGAGGACGGGCGCUUGAGCUGAUGAGGCUCUACCCACGCCGCGAAGGCAUGUGCGGGACGAUGUUAGCUCUGAAACUCGGAGAGACGCUUGCCGAAAUUGAAGGGACAGCAUGUCAAAACGCCCCACCGGGUUUGUGCAGCGAUGGACCAUGGGUAUGUGCUGAUCAUCGGGUGACAAAGAUACAGUGUAAAGAUGUCUCUGAUCGGAAAGUUGCCGUGCUGAUGAGAACAGCUGGAGAGGAAAAGCGCGGUUUCGAAGGGCAUUGGUUCGUCUUCCAUAAGACAUGGUAG